UGUAGGGUUUAACUGGGUCGAGUCCAGCUGGUUUUCUCUUUCUCUUGGAACCUUCCCUCCAUUCUGUAAUCUCCACUUUCUCCCUUCACUGUUCUUUGGAAAAUGAAAUCACAAACCUGACGUGGUCUCACAUAAGGUGCUGUGGACCAUAUCGGGAUUGUGCGCCAUCUCCAGAGAGAUAAAGAGAAGAGUGUGAAGAGUGUGAAAUACCUGCGAAGUGGAGAGUGGAUCGUUCUGGCACUGGCAUCAUUUUCAGGCGGGGAUGACACUGGAGGCAACAGUUCAAGCACAACAGACAAUGACGAGACAGAGCUUUGCAUGAAAGAAAGCAUUGAUCUUAGGGCGCCGCACUGAUGUUGCAAACCACAUGCCCCCCAUUGAGGGGCGGGCGCAUUGCUCUCUGUGUCUCACAAACAGACUUCGCCUCCCUUCGCCUGAGUGGAACCAGUAUCCCCAAAGCGAAAGCUCACUGAAGACUUCUCACUGUCUGUCAAACUCCAGUGUGUUCACAGAAAGAAUGGUGCAAAUCAAGUUCAACUGAAGACUGAUCUUGUCAAGUCAAAACAUGGUGGGAUGUUGUGACGUGCUCCAGCAAGUUCCUUGUGGCCACUUCGAUAGCUGCUGAGCUGGAGAGGACACUGCUGGGAGGGAGUGGCAUCUUCCUCCCAUCAGGAUAAUGCACACAUCUCCCAUGCUGAUCUCUGCAGCCACCAUGAGCAACAUGACGGUGCUCGACACUGCUGACCCCUACGACCUUGACAUGACGUCCUCUGAGGCCGUCUACCCCAUCAGCUUCCAGGUAUCUCUGACGAGCUUCCUCCUUUUGGAGAUAGUUUUGGGUCUGAGCUCAAACCUCACUGUGCUAGUCCUCUACUGCAUGAAACAGAACCUCAUCAGCUCCGUUUCCAACAUCAUCACCAUGAACCUGCAUGUGGUGGAUGUGUUGGUAUGUGUAUGCUGCAUCCCGCUAACAGCCGUGGUGGUGCUACUUCCUCUGGAGGCAGACACAGCCAUGAUAAGUUGUUUCCAUGAGGCCUGCGUCUCUUUUGCAAGCGUAGCUACUGCUGCUAAUGUGCUGGCCAUCACUGUGGACCGCUAUGACAUCUCAGUGCGGCCAGCGAACCGUGUGUUGACAAUGAGCCGAGCUGUCGCUCUGCUGGGAUCUAUUUGGGCUUUAUCCUUUUUCAGUUUCCUGGUUCCCUUCAUGGAAGUAGGCUUCUUCAUCAACUCUGGUUCAGACCUUGUGAACCAGACUGCAGUGGUUCAUACGAAUGAGUACUACACGGAGCCGGGUUUGUACUAUCACCUGCUAGCACAGAUCCCUAUAUUCUUUUUCACAGCCGUGGUAAUGCUAGUGACGUACUACAAGAUCCUUCAGGCCCUCAAUAUUCGCAUUGGAACACGCUUUCAGCACAACCUACCUAAAAAGAAGCAGAAGAGUAAAAACACCAUCUCUCUGAGCACUGCGACACAAGCGGAGUCGACUGACGCUUCACAGAGCAGCACAGGAGUCAGGGCAGGUGGGAAUGCACCGUUGGGCAUGCGGGCUUCCGUGUCCGUCAUUAUUGCUCUGAGAAGAGCCGUAAAGCGUCAUCGGGAAAGACGGGAGAGACAGAAACGAGUCUUCAGGAUGUCUCUUCUCAUCAUCUCCACUUUCCUGCUUUGCUGGACUCCAAUAACUGUGCUCAACACCAUCAUCCUCAGCACCGGGCCCAGUGAUUUGACUGUCCGCCUGCGCCUGGGCUUCCUUGUUAUGGCCUACGGAACCACCAUCUUUCACCCACUCCUCUACGCCUUCACUCGACAGAAGUUCCAAAAGGUUUUGAAGAGCAAGAUGAAGAAGAGGGUGGUGUCUGUAGUCGAAGCUGACCCCACACCAAACAAUGUGGUCAUCCAUAACUCGUGGAUUGACCCCAGGAGAAACAAAAAGGUCACCUUCGAGGACACAGAGGCCAGACAAAAAUGUCUAUGCUCACAGGAUGCGGAGUAAUGAGUUUAACUCAAAUGUAAAUAUGUCAAAUAUGUAAGUGUAAAUGGGAAUUGGUUACACUCCUAAGAGAAAGUGACAGACUAUAGCAGAAAAACUGAGAAAAAUGUUGUUUGAGGGAGAAAACAACAAUUGUUUAUGCAAAUAGAGAGGUGUAAAGUAUUUGAAAAGAAAGACUGAGUCUAAACAAGCUAAACUGAUGCAUCUUUGGCAGCUUACUAAAUGAACACUAAAAUGAUGACUACAGAAAAGAUGAUGUGUUCCCUGAGGACUAUACGAAUAAAGGCGAGGGGUUUCCUGAAUAUAAACAUAACGUGUAAAAAGGGAAACUACCAGCAGCUGAAUGUAUGAAGUCAAGGAUUGCAUUUACAGCUGAUUUUUUCUUCAGUGCAAAAAUGUCUCAAAAUAGGUAUCACAGGCACACGAAAAGGGUAAUUUAUUGCUAUUUAUUGUGGAAUGUCGUGGCGUGCUAUCAAGGACAAUUCAGUCAUAACUCUGUAUCUAAGCAGCAGUGCGUGUUGUUCUCUGGUUAGCGUAAUAGGAGACAAAUGUCUAUGUACAGUCAUGGAAUACCUUGAUAUUGUUGGUCACCAUUUGUAAUAAACAACCAAAGGCACAGUAUGUGUCAGUAUCCCUCUGCUCUCCUGCUUCUUCACGUGGAACUGGAUACAGGGGCAGAACACAUCACGACCAGUGAAGAUCAAAAACGGACA